CUUCCUUCCGGUACCGGCCAAUUUUCCCCGGUGCCCGCGGUCCAGUUUUCCGUUAUUCCAUCGCUUCAUUUUUUUUCCCUCCCUUCUGUUUCCCGUGCAAACAAGAAACGCCGUCGCCGCCACCACUCGCAUCUCGCGAGAAUGCAGAGAGCGCCACGACAUUCUUGAUACCUGCGCCGCUGCCCACCGCCGACCGACAUCUUUCCGGCUACCGCCGCCGCGAUUUCAAUUCAUCUUUUCCCCGCCGGCAAACGCGAAUUCAUACAUAUAUUGCAGGGGAGACUGCUGCUGCCACAUUAAUUGUGUGUGUGGUUGGAAAAGCGUUAUAUUUUUCUCACUAAUUCGGCUUCGAAGAUUGAAAAUUCCGCCUAUAUAUAAGCUUUCGGAGCCUUCGAGGCAGCGAGCAGCUCCCCCGGGCAAUCUAGUGAGGUCCAAGGGAAAAGCAAGCCCUAUUGUGAUCUUCGCAGAGAAUAGUAGUGUUUCUCAAACUUCAAGAUGAACCCACAGAAUAAUCAAGGCUCUAGCUCUUCAGCACCAGUAGACGCGCCUCUGAAGCGCAAGCGUGGUCGCCCACGCAAAGACGAGACCCUGCCCCAGGUAGAAUCCAUGUCUUCUCUGCUCGGAGGGUUCGACCAUACGAGAAGAAACAACCUGCCUUUCAGUCUGAGCAUCCCUAGUGGCAAUAGCGGGGUGGUGACUGAUCAGGCACAAGCUGGAAGCAACAUGAUCGGCCAACCAGUUUCCGGCGUCAUUGAUGGCAAAUUUGAUGUUGGGUAUCUUCUCAAAGUCAAGAUAGGUGACACUGACACUUACAUGAGAGGAGUUGCAUUUAUCCCAGAACGAGUUGUUCCUGUCACCGCCUCUAAUGAUUUGGCCCCACAGGCGAGAAUGUACACAAGGACCGAGGUCCAAAUCCCGUCUCCGGCACCAGCAGCACCACUUCAGCCUCAGGUCCAGGGAUCUAUUCCAUCGUCGUCGGAGCGAAUUGUAAAGCAAUCUGCUCACCAACCCAACGCUGCUGCUCAGCAAUUCGCUCCAGUUAUGCUACCUCUCACUGACAAAUUCCAAGCAGCAAGUGGUGUGGGACCUUCUGCAGUUGGGAAAAUGAUAUCACAGCAAGUCUCAGAUUCAGCAGCUGCUUCCAUUUCGAUACAGUCAGCAAGUGGCGCGGUUUCCAAACAGGAUGAGUUACUGCGAGAGUUUGAUGCCUCGACAAGAAAAGUUACUGAUGAAAAAGGACCAGGUGCCCCCCCUGCAGCAGUUACCACCUUGGGUGUUUUGCCAGCCAGCAGAACUGUCAGUCUCGAUCUUCAAAUCCAGCACCAAUCCGAUGGGCUUAAAGCUAGUCAAUCAGCACCAGCCUUGGCCACAGAUGAAGGGAAAAUCACAAGCCUGGAGCACAUCCAGCCUCCUCCUGCGAUCAGCAUACCGGGAAGUGGAAUCUUCUCUUCUCAAUCCAUGAGCAUGUGCUUAGGCAGCCCAACUUUCCCAGGGAAAGCUGCACCACCAGAGUUACCUUCUGCUGCCCCAAAGGUUACUACCACCGACACUCCAUCCCUCCACCCAAAUGGUGGUGCUGGUGGCCUUGUGGGCAACGUUGCUCCAAUCCCCGAACCAGAUGCUAUGCCCAAGCCUGAUUCAGAGGGAUCUUCUGCUGCUCUUCAGAAAAUACUGGAAUCCCAGUUCGGCUGUUCAUCUGUUGCUCCGAUGGAGCUGUUCGAGAAAGAGAGUGCUGCUGCUGCCACAACUGAACCGAAGCUUGGACACAAUAGUAACGUUCUGCCUGGAGUGAGUGAGCCUCAGCUCUGCAAUGCUACCCCUAGUGCAAGUGUGGACUGCAAUAAUAUCAAAGAUGCUGCUGCUAUUCCAGCGACGGAGUCUUGAGGGGAUAAAGCGUCAUGGAACGAUUUUAUGGUGCUUAGGAUAAGAGGAACUAUGAAUAAGUAAAGCUCAAUGCUUUCAUACAUGCUGUAGUUUAGGCUUACCAUUAGAUAUCUGAAAAAACCACAGCUUAGUUUUUCUUUUAUUUUUUUGUUUAAUGAAACCGCAGCUUAGUUUUUGUGUCAAUGGUCAGAUGUUGGUUGCCUUCUCUAACCAAGAUUUUUGUGUUUCAUCCCUGAAAGUUCUUACAUUUCCCAUCCUCACGUGGGUUUCCCAGUCUAAAUGUUCAAUUUAUU